ACUGUUCUCUGAUCGUCGGGCCAGGGCCACGCCUAAUUUAAGCUUACGUCAGCCUGACAACGAACUCGGCCUUGGGGCUUAGGCCAAGUAACACUAGCCAAUCAAGACAUGUGAAUGAUGUCACAUGACACAACAGGCACAGAAAUGUUCUCACAGUAUAGCACUCGUGACUCGUGAUCAGAUCCAGUGUUUGGUGGAUGUUCAGCUAGUAUGAAGGACGGUUGCAGCGGUUGGAUAUAUUACUCGUGAGGUUCAUCUCAGGACAGCCCGCUGCACUCCGCUCGUGGGCUGUCUUUUCAGGAACACUUCAUUUACUAUUAGGUCAAUCUGUGGAAGUCUGUCGUGAGAGGAGAUGUCAAAUCUGCGAGGAGUCGUGGGCUUGUCCGGCUACCCCAAUGCUGUUGAUGUGACCCUCCACCCUGAUCCCCGGUCAAUAGCUCCACCUGGUUUCAUGUUUGUGAGCAUAUUUGAGGUUGAAAGCCUUUACAAGCUGUAUUGUAAACUCAAUUCAGAUAACAACUUUUUCAAAGAAGAAAAUGAAAGACUUGGGGAAGAAAUUCGGUUUCACAAGACUGAAAAGGCUGAACUCAUUCUGAGAAUUAACGAUAUGAAGAAAAGCUCUUCUCUCCUUGAGUCAAACAUCUUAGACUUGGAACAAAAGAUUGCACAUUUACAGUGUCAAGUCAACAAGCUAGAGAAUGAUCGUGAUGUUGAAAUGCUCAAUGCAGCUGGGGUGGCGUGUCAAAAUGAAGAAAUUGACGACCCCCCCAGUCUUCAAGAAUUUCAUGGGAAUGCUACUGGUGACGGUGACCUGAGAAAUGUGAUGGCUGAAAUUGAAACCAAGACUGCAGAUGCGAACAGAGCUUUUCUGGAGGCCAGUUCAAAAGCUGAUACCCUGCUGAGGUCUUGCAAUGAUGUGAAGAGAGUCUUCAAUUCUCUUGUAGCUGAAAACAAUGGUCCAUCUGAAAGAGAAAAGGAAUUGCUGGACAAACUAAAGAAGAUUGAGGCAAUGAAUGACAUUCUCUUGGAGGGGAAAAAAGUGUUGGAGAAAGAAAACAAACAGCUCUCCCUGAAACUGAAGACCUUGACCACCAUGGAUGAAGAGGAGGACAUCCGUGAGUUUGGACGUUUCAAAAUCAAAAGCCGUUCUGUGGAAUGUGCUGUCUGCCAUGAAACUUUCAGCUCCGUGAUGGAGAUGGAGCAGUCAGCGUGCCAUUUUCACAAGUCUUCUUCUGUUCCAGCUGUCCUGGAUACAGGUAUUGGCAAGUUCUGGCCCUGCUGUGAGCAGUUUGCUAAAAGCAACAAAACUGCUCAAGGAUGUCGUACUGGUAAGCACAGACAGUCGACCAAACGUUUCAGACGGGAGGAUUGAGACGCAAGCCUUUUCAGCCUUUCAACUAUAGAGGAGAGCAGAGCUCCUCUUUAUGUACUGAAAUCCUGUUUCAUGGACACUGCGGAUAAAGUCAAGAAAAUAUUCCUCCCAAAACCAUCUAACUAAAAGUCUCCAAGUGAGCCUCAUAAAGUUAAAGUACUAACCCAAUUCUUAGACUAUUUGGUUAUAGAUGUAGAUUGUGUUGAUGAAAAUAGGUCAACUUUUUAAUGUUUUAGGUGUGUGCUGUAAAUCCCCUAUUAUUCUUAAUGCUAACUUCAAAGGAAAUGUGUUAGAACCUUAGCUUGUUUGUUUGUUUUAGUAGAGGUUUUACGGCGCUUGCAACUGCAUAAGGUCACAUGAGCACCAGAAGAUUAGAGGUGUUACAAGUACAAGAGAGUAACAAACAUAAAAAA